AUGGUUCGUAUUACGGAGUGCGACGCUGGUGACCCAGCAGCAUCUGACCGCGUGAUUGAUCAGUAUGGCCGAUGGGUAUCGGACGGUGACGAGGACGACGAUGACGAGGAGGAGGAGGAGAUGGAGGAGGAGGCGAGGCGAAUCGCGAGGCGAGAGUACAUGGAAGCCGCGGCGGCAGGGGCAGCGAGAGCGGCGGCGGCGGGAGCGAAGGGAGAGGAUGAUGAUGAUGAAGAUAAGGAUGAGGAGGACGAGGAGGAUGAGGAGGGUUGGAGUGAUAUAGGAGGGGACGAGGAUCGGAUGAGCGGAAGGGGCGGUGGCGCAAGAGGGGGGAGCGGAGGAGGGGAGUUGAAUUUGCGCGCGACGAUGGGGGCGGCGGAAGAGGCGCAAGAUAUGGCGCGAUGGGUGGGCACGGACGAUACACUCGAUAUGGAGGAGGAGGAAGACGAUUACGACCGUUUCGCCGAGGGCGUGGGGCUCGGGAGAUUAGGCGGUGGCGGCGGAGGAGGAGGGGAGGAUGCUGACCUGGAGCGCGAGGUUUCUGACGAGGAACCGGAUGAGGAUGACGUGGCGACGGCCGGUGGCACGAGGCGGGGGAGAGGGGACGUGGAGAGUGCAGCGCGGAGGCUGGAGGAGGACUGGCGGCAGGCGCAGGGGUCUGGCGCUGCUGCCGUGGCUGGCGCUGCGGGCCUGCUGGAACCCUCCUGGGCCUCCUCGCAUGCACUCGGAGGAACGCAGAUUGGGCCACCCGGGAAAGGAGCAGUGGCUGGAACAGGGGCACGGGCAGAAGCAGAUGCAGGAGCAGGAGGAGCAGGGGUUUUAUCUGAGGGAGUAGCAAAGAAGGACGGCAAGGGCGGAGCAGCAGGUGGAGAAGGCGAUGAGCUGGGCGCGGGACCCACACCAGGAAUCUCACCUGAACAGGCAGCGCAGGGAGCAGCAGGUGAAGCAGGAGCAGCAGGGGCAGCAGCAGGGGCGGCAGGGGCAGCAGCAGGGGCAGCAGCAGGGGCGGCAGGGGCAGCAGCAGGGGCAGCAGCAGGGGCAGCAGCAGGGGCGGCAGGGGCAGCAGCAGGGGCAGCAGCAGGGGCAGCAGCAGGAGCGGCAGGGGCCGCAGCAGGGGCAGCAGCAGGGGCAGGGGGAUGGCGUGGAAGGCAAAGCUGGAACGAGGCGUUCGAUGAGCUCUUUAAGGCUGGCACCACGGCAGGUGCUGGUGCUGCUGCUGGUGGUGGUGGUGGUGGUGCGAGUAAGGAGAGUGGCAGCGCUGGGACUGGUGCUGCUGUUGGUGUUGUGAGUGAUUUCCGCCUGGGGGAGGGGGGUUGGGGUUCAGGGCUUUGGAGCAGGGGGGCGGGGAGGAAGGCGGGGCAGGCGGGGCUGGCGGAGAGUGUUGAGGGAGAAGGGGAAGGGGAGAGUUGUGGUGAAGGGAGGAGAGAGGAGAGGGGGGGAAAUGGUGGUGGAGGGGAGGGUAUGGGGAAGGAGGAGAAGGACGGGAUGGGAUGCUGGGAGAAGGAUUUGGAAGAUAUUGGGGAGAUGGAUGACGAUGGGGAGAAGAGUGGUGGGGAGGAGGGGGCACGUGGAGGAGUGGUUGAGAGGGAUGUUGAUAUGCGCGAGGAGGAGGUGGGUGCAGGUGUUGCCACUGCUGCUGCUCCUGCUGCCCCUGUUCCUGCUGCUCCUGCUUCUGUUUCUGCUGCUGCCACUGGUCCUGCUUCUGAGGGGGAAAGUGGCCUAGCUUCUAAGAUGGUGAUUGCUAGUGCCGAUACUGCAAUCGCGGAUACUGGUGGAAAGGAAGCAGGUGGUAUAGAGCAGGCGGGACGAUCGGACGAAGGGGAGAAGAGCGAGGGGAGGAGGCCUGAAGGAGAGCUGAGUCUAGCCGGGGCUGUAGAGGUUACUGUGACAGGAGAAGGAGAAGGGGAAGGGGAAGGGGAAAGGGAAGGGGAAAGGGAAGGGGAAGGGGUGGGAGUUGGUGCAGGAAAGCAAGGUAAAAGAGAAGGCCAAUAUGCCAGGAAGGAGUGGGGUGAUGCAGACAUGCCGGGGCAUGGCGUGGGCGUGGUUCCUGUAGAGAUGAUUGGGGUGGAUGGGAGCGAGCAAGAGGAGCUAGGGAUGGGAGUGGAGGCAGGAGAGAAAGGAGAGGGCGUGGAAGUGGAAGUAAGGGAGAAGCGUGAGGAAGGGAAGGAGAAGGGGAGUUCUCUUGCUGCUGCUGCUUCUGCUGCCGGUGGUGCGAAUGCUACUGCGCUUGUUGCUGCUGCUGCUGCUGCUGCUGCUUCGACUUGUGGUGUUGCUGCUACGGCUGUCACUGGCAGUGCUGCUGCCGCUGCUGCUGCUGCUGCUGCUGCUGCUGCUGCUGCUGCUGCUGCUGCUGCUGCUGCUGCUGCUGCUGCUGCUGCUGCUGCUGCUGCUGCUGCUGCUGCUGCUGCUGCUGCUGCUGCUGCUGCUGCUGCUGCUGCUGCUGCUGCUGCUGCUGCUGCUGCUGUUACAGCUGCGGAGUGUGCGUCUGAGUCCAAAUCUCCCCUCAGUACCAGCAGGAGCGGCACAGCAUUGAAGGGAAUAUUGAAGCUGGGGAAGCGGUCAAGGGCGGACACAGAUAGUAAAGAGGAUAGGGCAAGGCAAGGAGGGGACGUUGGAACCACAGCAGCUAUAGCGGCAGCAGCAGCAGGAGGAGGAGCAGCAGGUGUAGGAGAAUUGAAGGGCGACGGUAGCACGAGGGAAAGUGGCUUGGAUGGGCCGGGGGAGGGGCGGAGGCAGAGGCAGCGCAGGGUGAGGUUCGCCCAAGGAGUGCUGGGCGGGGAGGAAGAAGAGGAGGGGGUAAUAAAGCCUAUGGGGGGCUUAUUUCGCAUGGGAUGGCAGGGGCAGGGGCGGGGGGGAGUGAGUGGUGGCAUGGGUCCCGGGCAUGGAGGGAAGGGAGUGAAGGACGAUGGAGGUGCGUGGGGAGGAGGAGGGGGAUGGGGAGGUGGGGGGGCGUGGGCGGGGGGGAAGAGACGGCAGAAGAUGGGAGUAGGGCAGAGGCUAAUGGGGUUGAUAUGUGGGCAGAUGAGCCGGGCUAAUGUCAGUGGUACGCAAGGCAAGGGGAUAGCUGCUGCCGGUGGGGAUGGUACAGGAACAGGAGGGAGUGGAAGGAUUGAUGGUUCAAAUUUUACAGAUGCUGCAGUUGCUUCAAAUGCCACCGCUCCUUCAGUUGCGUCAAAUGCUACAGAUGCCGUGGGGGGAGUUGAUGAAAGUAGCAAGGGCGCAGUGGGCGUGCAGGAAGGUGCUUUAGUGGACGAGGGUGCAAGAGGGAAGCAGCAGGCGGAAACAGACAAGGGGCUAGGCGGGACUGGCGGUGGCGAUGCACGGAGGGAGGCGGGUAAGACGCUGCGUGGGAGUGGUGGAGAGGGGUUGGAAGCGAUGACUGAUGGUAUGUGUGAGGCAGGGAGCAGCAGUGCGGGUGGAGAAGCAGAGCAGGGGAUGAGUGAGGGGAGCAGUGGUUGGGGAGGGAGGGGGAGUGGAGGAGGGGGGAGAGGAAGAAAGGGGAGUGAUAGCCGUGUGCCAGAUCACGUGCGCAAUCCACACAAAUACACGGCUUAUGAGGUGGACUGGUGGGCUGGGGGGUGGGGAGAAGGGGGCCCCGCAGGUGAGCGCGGGGGAGGGGCCAGUGCUGGGGGAGAAGGGGACAUUAGUGGGGAUGGGGGGAUUGGGGAGAAUGGGGAGAUGGGGGAGAUGGGGGAGUAUAGAGCAGCGCUGCAGCAGGCUAUGGCUGUGAGGCACGUGCGAACAGGCAGGCUGGGGGACUCUGAUGCGGGGAGCGGGGCAUAUGUGAGUGGGGAGAGUGACGCGGGUGGAAAGGCAGCAGCAGGAGCAGGAGAAGGAACAGGAGCAGGAGUUGGAGCAGGGGCAGGAGUGGGAUUGGGAGCGGUGGAAGAAGGUGGGUUGCCGAAGCGAGUUGUGUUUGUGAGGCGCACGGAGAGACAGGCCGGUGCAGGCAGGAAGAAAGGGCACGACAAGAACGACGACAUGCAAGUGGAUGGCGCUGCUGCUGCUGCCGCUGCUCCUGUUGCUGCUGCUUCUGCUGCUGUUGCUCUUGCUGCUCCUGCUGCUGCUGGCAGUGGCGAUAGUACUGGUGCUGGUGGGGUUAGGGGAGCAGGCCCUGUUGGCAUAGCAGCAUCUGGCAUGCUGGACGAUGCUGAUGCCUCUUCCAUGCUUGAUGCGGAUGUUUCUCCUGCUGCUGCUGUGGCCGCUCCUGCUGCUCCUCCUCCUCCUCCUGCUGCUGCUGCUGCUGCUGCUGCUGCUUCUGGAAACCUAUCCAUCGCUGUUUCUGCUACUGCGGGUAGUACGGACACCCCUGGUGCUGCUGAUGCUUUCCAGGAUGUGUCUGCUAGUCUUGCAGCCUCGGGGGAUAAAGAGGGGCAUGGGGCACGACCAGCUAAGGGAUGUUUCAGGACGGGCGGAGGAAAGUCGGGCAGGAAGAAUUUUCGCAGAGGAAGGGAAGCAGCGGAGGAAGAGGCUGAAGGAAUGCAGGAUGAGAGUUGA